GCUCUGAUUCCAGCAUGCGUAGUACGCGCGCGACGUUUGUGUGUCUCGUGAGUUUCGACCAAAGCAGGAUAAACUUACUCUCUGGAUUUAAAAUAAUCGGCGUUGAAAAAUGAAGGGGCCAAUACCCAUGAACAGAAAUUCUUGAGUCAAGUCAAGAAGAAACAAGUUUGAGUGUGUGUGUGUCUGUGAAUGAACUUUCAUCGGACAUGUCUAUACCUGCCAAACACGAGAGGACAGUGUGUGUCCUCCUUCCCACCAAAGAGACAUUAGACAUUAAAGUGGGGCUGAAAGCAACAGGUCAAGAUGUGUUUCAUCGUUUAUGUGAAAUCCUCGGGGUCAGAGAGCUGCACUACUUUGGAUUGACUUUAGUCAAAAACAAUGAGCACAUCUUUCUGGACUUGGAAGAGAAACUCGCCACGUACUUCCCCAAGGAGUGGAAACAGGACUCAGGGAAGGGGUCACUGAAGAGGCCAAUACCACCCCUGCUCUGUCUGAAGGUUCAGUACUAUGUGGAGAAUGGCAGACUCAUCUGCGAACGUAAAGCGAGGAAACUCUACUACUACGACCUGCGGGAACGUGUCCUGCGCUCAGAAUGCAGACAGCAGGAGGAAGUGUAUUUUCAGCUGGCGGGAUACGCCCUACAGGCCAAUCUCUCUGACCAUGUCUCGGAGGGCCACAAUCACGGACGCUCUAUGUAUUUCCAACCCAAAGAAUACUUCCCUCCUUGGAUAAUUGCCAAGCGCGGCGUUGACUACCUGCUGCGUCACGGGCCCAAGGUUCAUAAAGAACUGUGGGGGAUGUCUUCUCGUGAUGCUAUCUUGCUGUUUAUCAGAGAAUCCUGCCGCCUGGAGGAUGUCCCAGUCACCUUUUAUCGCCUACAGAAGGACAAGAGAGAAGAAACGGGUUCAGCUCUUCUUGGACUCACCCUUCGAGGAAUGCAGGUGUAUCAGGAGCUGAACAAUGUGCGUGACCUGCUCUAUGACUUCCCCUGGUUUCAUGUGGGACGACUCACAUUUCUGGGGAAGAGGUUUGAGAUCCAACCAGAUGGUUUGCCCUCUGCGAGGAAGCUGGUGUACUACACGGGUUCUGCCUUUCGCUCUCGCCACCUUUUGCUACACUUGAGUUCUUGCCACCGGUUGUAUCUCAGCCUGCAACCUGCUCUCAAACACCUGCGGCAGCUGGAGGAGACAGAGGAGAAGAAGAGGUAUCGUGAGUCAUACAUCAGUGAUGAACUGGACCUGGAUCAGCCCUGCAGCGAGGGCAGUCCUCACCUGUCUCGACAAUCUACCAGCAGCUCCGGCAUUGAGGCGGACACCAGGCAACACAGCAUCUCCGUGGAAAUGGUCUCUAUGGAGGACAAAGAGAAGUCCUUUGUCUCUGCUAUCAUUCACGGCUCCUCACACACCUCCAGCGUUGACAUGAGCAGCAAAGGCCGGGCCGAUGAAGAGGAUGGAAGGAGAUGGCAGGAGGAAGAUUUACAGGAAAUGGUGAAGGAGCCUGGGGAGGUUUCUGUGGACGACCCUGAGGAUAUCCUGCGAUUGGCUGAGCUAAUGGAGGGCGUGUCUGUCAACUGUUCCACUGUCCAAUCACAGAUUGACUCUACAGGUCCACAAAAGACGCGUAACCCAGCUGACCGUUACAGCCUGAGCCUCGACGACAUGCGACUCUUUUCCCCUCUUGUACCGCUGGGAACAUCUUCAGUUCCAGACACUUCUCACAGCUACACAUUUGGCCUGCCACACUCCACAAGUUGUUCUCCGACCAGUCCCUGUCCAGACAAACCUUCAUUCAAUGUCCAGCGCUCCACGAACUGCCUGUCCCUGGACCAGCUGGGGGAUAACCAGCCACUGGAGCUUGUCCUUUGAGAAACAGGGGAGACUGUUGCUUGUUGAUGGUUUGGACAGCAAAAUGAAGACUGAACCAUACAGUUAAUGUGUGUUUCAGUGCUAUUCAGCAGCCAGACAACAGGAACAAUUGUGGGUUGUUUAAAGAUUAUAUCACGCAUAUAGAAUGGAUGAUAAAUUUCUACUUUAUUCUGCGCAACCUUGUGCGCAGUGUUGGGUAAGUUACUCUGAAAAAGUAAUUAAUUACUAGUUACUAAUUACACAUUCGAUAAUGUAAUUAGAUUACUGUACAAGUUACUCUCUUCAAAAAGUAUUUAAUUACUUAUUACUAAUUACUUUCUAUAUCCUACAUCAACCUUGAUUAGCUAAGUGAUUCAAGGAUAGACAUGAAACGGCUCUUUUAAUUCAUUCAAAUAAAUAAUAUAAUACUACAUAAAGUAUUAUUAUUAAUUACAAAUGUGAGAAUUAUACAUUAAAGCACAGAUUUUAAAGUUAGACUUUGAAUUUUGAUGUAAAUUUCUCUUCUGCACACACACAUAUUACACAAAGUAUUUAGUUUAAUUACAUCAGAAGUAACUGUAAUUAAAUUACAGAAAAAAUAAGAGUAAUCCCUUACUUUACUUUUUCAAUGGAAAAGUAAUUAAAUUACAGUAACUAAUUACUUAGUAACUAGUUACACCCAACACUGCUUGUGCGUUACUUAAAAAUCUUACAAGGACCAGGCAUUAUUACUCCAUCACUAUCUGACUUCAACAGUAAGCGUAAAAAAACCGUCUUCAUUUGUUUUUUGUAUGUCUGGCUAUGAGCUCAACAUAUGACAGGACAUUUGAGUCUCACUGGAUGGUCUAAGAAUCUCAAUCACACUUUUUUUUAACUACAUAAUAAAUACAGACAGUUUGCCAAGUUUGAAAGUGUUUGGCCUGAGGUGAAUUCUCACAGAGUUUAUAAUGCAAAUGGUCGAAAUGUUUUUCACAAGCUGUGCUUCAAGUCACUGAAAAGUUCUUUCUGUACUCGUGCAUUCAAUUGCCACAUGUUCACUUAAAGACUGUCAACUUGGAUUUCAACUUGGAAGUAUUUUUAUUUCAUGUUGACUUUAACUCUUACUAUUACACAGUAAUGUCAAUGUAUGAACUUGCAGCUCAGUGCUUAAUCAAUAAUGUGAUGCUUUGGAUUUUUGAUAAUGAUAAUUGUACAAAGACUCUUGAGUGUGCAUCACCUGUUUUCCUGUUUCAAACAAUCACUGUGUUUAAACGAUACUCGCGUUCCUGGGUUACAAAGCACACGUAAACCUGCUAAAGCCAGUGAUAGGAAAGAAAAGGGUCAAAAGGUCAAGCCACAAGUUUUUCCAUUAACUGUUGGUUUUAUGUUAUAUCAAAUGGGUUCUAUUGUUCACUUCCAGACGAGUAAUAUUGAACACUAAGGCCCGGUUUCACAGACACGGCUUAGCUCAAACCAGGACUAUGCCUUAGUUGAAUUAAGAUAUUUAUGUCGCUUUUAUAAAAAUGCCUUAGAAGAAUACAUUACUGGUGUGCAUCUUGAGACAAAACAAUGGCACUAAUAUAUUUUAAGAUAUUUCCGGGCAAGUUAUAUUCAGUUAAGACAGGUCAAACAUUAAUUUUAGGCUGGGACUAGCCUUAAGCAUUGUCUGUGAAACCGGGCCUAAGUGUCUGUAAUGAAAUGACAACAAAAACUCAGUGUGGAUCAUGUCAGUGUUAGUUUUGUUUUGGAUAAAUGGAGCUCCUUUGAUUUCAAAAACUGCAAAAUACGCAUCAGGCCCUCAAAGGGUGUGUGCAUAAUGUUGCAUUUUUAAUUGCUGCAUUUAUGUAUGGUAAACACAUAUUUUAUUAAAAGCAUGCCUGUAUACAUGUUCCUUUCAGUGAAAGGAAAAAACAUUGAAUGGAAUGAAUAAAUAUAGCUGAAAUCUGUCAAA